CCUCCAGUUACAGAAGACACUGUAUUGCAGGAACCAUGAGCAAAAUCAGCGACGUGGUGCAGCGGGCUCGGAAUGCCUUUAACUCGGGCAAGACACGCUCCUUGGAGUUCCGGACGCAGCAGCUGGAGGCGCUGGGGCGCUUGAUCAAGGAGCGGGAAAAGGACAUCGUGGACGCGCUGCACGCUGACCUGAACAAGAAUGAAUGGACUGCCUACUACGAGGAGGUGGUCUAUGUGCUGGAGGAGGUUGAGUAUAUGAUCAAGAAGCUCCCCGAAUGGGCUGCAGAUGAGCCUGUGGAGAAGACUCGCCAGACACAGAAGGAUGAAUCCUACAUCCACUCAGAGCCCCUGGGUGUGGCUCUCAUCAUUGGCACCUGGAACUACCCCUUCAACCUGCUCAUCCAGCCCAUGGUGGGCGCCAUUGCUGCAGGGAAUGCGGUGGUCCUCAAGCCCUCAGAGCUGAGUGCAAACAUGGCAAAACUGCUGGCUGUCAUCAUCCCUCAGUACCUGGACAAGGAUUUGUACCCUGUGAUCAACGGUGGUGUUCCCGAGACCACAGAGGUGCUCAAGGAGCGAUUCGACCACAUUUUCUACACGGGGAGCACAGGUGUGGGGAAGAUUGUCAUGACUGCUGCUGCCAAACAUUUGACACCUGUCACACUGGAGCUGGGGGGCAAGAGUCCCUGCUACGUGGAUAAGGACUGUGACCUGGAUGUGGCCUGCAGACGCAUCGCCUGGGGAAAAUAUAUGAAUAGCGGUCAGACCUGCGUGGCCCCUGACUACAUCCUCUGUGACCCCUCCAUCCAGAAUCAGAUUGUGGAGAAGAUCAAAAAGUCCCUGAAAGAGUUCUAUGGGGAAGAUCCCCACAAAGCGCAUGACUACGGAAGAAUCAUCAGCUCCCGGCACUUCCAGAGAGUGAUGGGGCUGAUACAGGGCCAGAAAGUUGUCCACGGGGGCACUGGAGAUGCAGCCACCCGGUAUAUAGCCCCCACCAUCCUCACUGACGUGGACCCUCAGUCGCCAGUGAUGCAGGAGGAGAUCUUUGGGCCUGUGUUGCCUAUUGUGACUGUGCGCAGCCUGGACGAGGCCAUCCAUUUCAUCAACCAGCGUGAGAAGCCCCUGGCACUCUACGUGUUCUCCCUCAAUGACAAGGUGAUUAAGAAGAUGAUUGCAGAGACUUCAAGUGGUGGGGUGACUGCCAACGAUGUCAUCGUCCACAUCACCGUGCACUCUCUGCCCUUCGGGGGUGUGGGAAACAGUGGCAUGGGCUCCUACCAUGGCAAGAAGAGCUUUGAGACCUUCUCCCACCGCCGCUCUUGCCUGGUGAGGCCGCUGAAGGAUGAUGAGGCCAUCAAGGUCAGAUACCCACCGAGCACAAACAAGAAGGUUCAGCACUGAAGAUUCUGCUCUGCUCACGUUGACGCCUUGUGUCCAGAGAACUGCACCCUGAUACCCUGCUUCUCCUCUGCCCAUCCCUGCAUGAACCUCCCUCCACAAUGACCUGCCCUGCCCCUCCAAGUCCUGAAUUCUCCCCACUCAGUGCCAGUAAAGAUUCCCAAUAAAGAUUUACCAGCUGUGCAAA